AGUACUUUGAAACUCUGGCAGCACUCUUAUUUUAUUUUUUCUGUGGGGAACAUAAUAAAGAACUUAAAUUUUUGAAAAGGUUACAUCAAAAUACCGGUACGCAUUUAAAAAUUAAUUACUGGCAUUAACACUAGAUAUUUCUAUGAAAGUUUUGGAAGGUACUCUAAAUAGAGUUAUGGAUUUAUGUGUAGUAGCUUCUAACAUCAAAAUGAAAGAAAAAAGGGAACGACAACCAAAUUGGACCGAAGCGGAAAAACAAAUGCUACUAUCUUUAACGCGUAUUCACCAAGUUAUUUUAGAAAAUAAAGGAAGUGAUACAAUGACAAUAAAGAAGAAAUCGGAGGCAUGGGAUGAUAUAGCAACUAAUAUGCGGGCGGCUGGCUAUCAACGAUCGAAAGAUAGGUUAAAACAACAAUUGGGACGUAUACGUGCAGCUGAGGCUAAAAAAGUGAAAGAUGCAUUAGCAAAGGGUUUUGCACAAGAGAUUAAACAUAUGACAUUACCUGGUUGCUCAUCAGAACCAAUGGCUCAAGACGCAACAAUAAAUGGGCAUAAUUUUUACGUUAUGCCACCACCAAUACAAGAGGUCGCAAUAAAGAUUGAAAAGGCAAUUUCAUUAGACGAUUUUGAAACCUCGUCUUCCGGUAAGCAAAUAAAUAAAAAUCGGAGUGAAUAUUUUGGUUUACGUGAACCGAUUUCGGCAUCAAUGCCAAUUAAUCACGGAGUAAUUAAACGAAUGUAUGAAGGGCCACAAUUUUUUAACGUAAAUUCAACACCUAUUGUUGAAACUGAGGUUGCUGAAUCGAAAAAUCAAACGCAAAAUAUGCAAACAAGUCAUAAAUGCAACUGUAAAUCGAAAAGGUUGCGACAUAUACGCCUUCGUAUUAACGGUCAUUCACCACGGACUCGUUCUCAACGGAUUCGGCAAUUGCAUUUGUAUCGAAUUGCUGUGGAAAGAGAAAGAUUGAAAAUGUUGCGGAUACAACAAAAACGUGAUCACAUAUUUUACAGAAAAGACAAACAAAUUCAAAAUCUCAAACUACAAAUAUUACAUAACUUAGCCCUAAACAGGAUUAAUCACAUUAAUUUCACCUAAUCCUAAAAUUAUAUGUACUUAAAUUGGCUUUGAGUAUUUGAACUUGGUAUAUUUCCAUAUUGAAUUUUUCGCUAUCUUAAUCCCCGAUUUUUUUUUUAAUUAGAUCAUAUUCCGCAUAUAUUCAUAUUAACCACCCCCUGUGUUCAUACCUAAUUAGACAUAUUUCGAAAAUAAAUUUAAAGAUUGAGUGAACUAAUUUUAAAUACUGUUAAAUAUACUAUAAUUAUUCUAUCUAAAGAGAAAAUUAAGUUAUAUUACAGUAAUUAAUAUACUUAUCAUUCAAUUUAUCCGCUAUUGUUGCAUAAUCUCCAAAAUUGGCUACAUUUUAUAGAAGUACGGCGUACUGUUGUUACUGUGAACUGUUUGACAUUACUGUAUUCGUACAUUCAAAGGAUUUAAAAUACGACCGGCCAUUACAGCAAUAUCUAGAUCUCGGUCGAUUACAAAAAAUAGAAAGGGAUGGUUUACAGAUAUCUGAAUAGGCGACGUUUGAGGUCCGUAAUUACCUUGAAUAAAAAAAAUAAAUGAUAUUUAAUAACAUGGAAAUAAAAAUUGUUAACUGAACAGCAAUAACAACAA